AUGACGAUAGAUGAAGCCAAUUUAAUUAAAGUUCUAAGCAUCCCAUAUGUCAUUGUUCUCUUCUCAUCGCCGCGAUCUCCUGCCACAACACCCCUGCAAGAUCAACCUAUUGCCUACUAUACAAGGCAAUUUUUCGAGACUCACGGAAACUUUAUAAUGCUCAUGACAGUCAAAAGAAUUGCUGUCUUGGUUCUUUUCAGCACUCCUCAAUUUCCAGCCUUGCAUCGUCAACAAUCUACCGGUUCCACAUUACAACUCGCUAGUCUUGCGAUUGCCCACACGACUUUCGGGCGAUCAACAAAGAAUCUUGCUGCUUUAUCAAUUGGGACUGCGAAGGCUCUUACUCAUCAUGAUGGUGCGAUUGCAUUGUUGAAAUUACGACAGCAACGUCAGCAAGAGUCAUAUCAAUCGCGUCAUUCAAUGCUUCCGAUUCAUGUCAGGGACUCCAGUGCCUCUCAUGAAAACGCCGGUUCGGAAUUAGACAAGGCUGCAGAGCGAAACUUGAUUCGUUCACACCUGCUCAGAAGCAUGUCAAUAUCAAGUUGGCUGAAGGAUAGAAGUGACUUCGGAGAGAUAAGCUCAAGCUUAGUUCUUGAUAGUGUAGGCAAUAUGGAUGAUGAUGACGACCCUGGCUCAAACGAUAUCUUUGAUCAAAUAGUUCAUCUAUAUCCCUCAAUUGGCCAUGCCGCAAUGUGGGCUCAAUACCGUGCUAUCCGACUUCACGUAAAUGACAUUAUACUCAAGGCCUGCUAUAGCGAAGGGAAGUCUGCAAAUCCUGACACAAAAUUCCAUAUAGAUAUCAUUAGAUUGAGCAUGGAAAAGGUAGCUCUAGACUUCUGCGCGAGUCUGCCGUUUGUUCUGGGAUGGGUUGAACAUGGGGGGACAGGUAUGAAAAUGAUACGUAAGGGACAAGGGAAUGCGGUUAAAGCGAGCACGGCUACUUUGUUUUGCUGGCCAUUGACUAUGUCAACAAUAGCUUCUGAAAUUCCAGAGCAACAUCGAUCAUAUCUGAAGCGCCGGUUACAGGAUAUUAGUGCCCUUGUCGAUCAUGGAAUUUUGGAGACGAUCGCUCAUGAAUGA